GCGCCUUGCUUCGGACCACAUGGCACGACUGCAUGAGUUGUGUUGUGAAGAGUCGUCUGGUAGCUAUUUAGCUGUAUUUUAAGACUCACUGUGCUAGUUUUUGGUUAAAGAAACACACAAUCGAGAAGAUGUCGCAGUUACAGGCGAGGUUCUUUACGGAGAAUCAACGGUAUGUUGUAGAUGAUGUCCCAUUCUCCAUCCCGGCUGUCUCUGCAGUUCAAGACCUCAGCAAUGUCAUCAACAAGCUGCUGGAGGCAAAAAAUGCGUCUCACAGCAAAGUGGAGUUCGACUUCCUGGUCAGGGGUCAGUUCCUGCGAACCUCGCUGUCCGCUCACAUGGAGACAGAGGGGAUUUCAACGGAAGAAGUGGUGGAGAUCGAGUACGUGGAGCGGAUCACAGCCCCAGAGCCUGAGGAGUGUAUGAUGCAUGACGACUGGAUUAGCUCCGUCCACGCUGACACUGAAUGGAUCCUAACGGGGUCGUAUGAUAAGACGGCCAGGAUUUGGUCUGUGGAGGGCAAGGCGGUGAUGACGGUGGCUGGACAUACAGAUGUGGUCAAAGAUGUAGCCUGGGUUAAAAGAGACGGUCUGACUGCUGUGCUUCUGACGGCGUCUCUGGACCAAACUGUGCUGCUGUGGGAGUGGAACUCUGAGAGGAACAAGGUGAAAGCCAGACACUGCUGCAGGGGCCACACGGGAAGCGUCGACACAGUUUCUGCAGACCCCACCGGGCUCAAAGGUAAAUUCUGCAGCGGCUCCUGGGACAAAAUGUUGAAGAUCUGGUCUGCAGUCCUCACAGACGAGGCAGACGAGGUCGAGGAACCCGCUGACAGACCGAGGAAAAAACAGAAGACUCAGCAUCUGGGUCUGACCAGGACUCCCUUGAUGACGUUAUCUGGACACAAUGAGGCGGUGUCCUCUGUCCUGUGGAGUGACAGUGAGGAAGUUUGCAGUGCGUCCUGGGACCACACCAUACGCCUGUGGGACGUUGAAACUGGAACAAUGAAGACGACAUUGACGGGCAGCAAAGUGUUUAACUGUAUUUCCUACUCACCCUUGUGUCGACGGCUGGCCUCGGGCAGCUCUGACAGACACAUCAGACUUUGGGACCCUCGAACCAAAGAUGGGUCUCUGGUGCUGCUGUCUCUGACCUCCCACACCGGCUGGGUCACUGCCGUCAAAUGGGCACCGUCACAUGAGCACCAGCUGGUCUCAGGUUCCCUGGAUAACCUGGUCAAACUCUGGGACACCAGGAGCUGUAAGGCUCCUCUGUAUGACCUGGCGGCCCACGAGGACAAAGUGUUUUGUGUGGACUGGACAGAAAGCGAACUGAUGUUAAGCGGUGGUGCAGAUAACAAGCUGUACACCUACAGAUACUCCGCCUGUCAGACAGAUGCCGGGGCGUAGACACCGACACAGCAUCAGUGCUGCUGCAGACAGGAGAGCACUGGACAAAACUGUAUUUCCUGUUUAUUUUUAUUCCUCUCAGCUUUUCCACAUUUUCUUAUGUCUUCUUUUUGUUUCCCUGUAACCCGAGAAGAAAAGUAUAAAUUAAUUUUGUCUCCUAAAA